UUUGCUGGAGGACAGGACCAGGCAGAUAUAGCCAGAGGGAAGCAGAGGGACAGUGAAGAGGCAGCCAAGGGCCAGCAGCCAACCGGGGAUUGCUCUGGCAGACGAGAGGCGGGGACAGACCCGACAGACAGUCGCUCUUGACUUGCAUCCCAAAGCCAUGGGUCUGCUCGACUGCUGUGCCCGAUGCCUGGUUGGGGCCCCCUUUGCCUCCCUGGUGGCCACCGGCUUGUGUUUCUUGGGGGUUGCCCUCUUUUGCGGCUGUGGACACGAGGCCCUCACUGGCACAGAGCACCUGAUUGAGACGUAUUUCUCCAAAAACUAUCAGGAUUAUGAAUAUCUGGUUGAUGUGAUCCAUGACUUCCAGUAUGCCAUUUAUGGGAUUGCUGGUUUCUUCUUCCUCUUUGGGUCCCUCCUGCUGGCCGAAGGCUUUUACACCACCAGCGCCGUCAGGCAGAUCUUUGGCGACUACAGGACCACCAUCUGUGGCAAGGGCCUGGGCGCUACGGUAACAGGGGGCCACAAGGGGAGGGGUCCCAGAGGACACCGUCAAGCUCACUCUUGGGAGCUGGUGUGCCACUGUUUGGGAAAAUGGCUGGGACAUCCCGACAAGUUUGUGGGCAUCACCUACAUCGUGGCCGUCGUCUGGCUCCUGGUCCUGGCCUGCUCCGCCGUCCCCGUCUACAUCUACUUCAACACCUGGACCACCUGCGACUCCAUCGCCAACCCCAGCAAGACCUCUGCCAGCAUUGGCAACCUCUGCACAGAUGCCAGGAUGUACGGUGUCCUGCCUUGGAAUGCCUCUCCAGGAAGAGUGUGCGGACAGAGCCUUCUUUCCAUCUGCAAAACCUCUGAAUUCCAGAUGACCUUCCACCUCUUCAUUGCUGCCUUUGCUGGAGCUGCUCUCACCCUGGUGGCCCUGCUGACGUUCAUCAUUGCAGCCACCUACAACUACGGGGUUCUCAAACUGAUGGGCAGAGGCACCAAGUUUUAAGCCCGGAGGGAAAGGUGCCACAUGUACAAGACGCGCAUCUUUCUCCUCUAACUCGAAGGCUUUAACCUGACACUGUCGUGCCGCACCAAGUCUCCUUGCUUAACUCUGCCUCACCGCCUGCUCCCCCUUUUUUCCCCCUAUGCUGUUUGAAGUGGGGCAUGUGGCCAAGGAGGAGGA